GAAAUCAAAAAGAUCCAUUUCUGGGUCUUCUCUGGAUCAUUUGGAAACCUUCCACAUGCAAAGAGAUCAUCAAUGUUGGGCUUUGAUUCCAUGUGAACUUUGAGGAUAAGGACAAUUGAUCAGAGCUAACUGGAGGACCUCUCACUGGAACAUUUACAUUGUUGCAGUUCCAUUUCCAUUGGGGCCAAACCGAUAAGCAAGGCUCAGAGUACACAGUGCAGGGAAGGAGAUAUGCCCCAGAGCUUUGCCUCACUCACUGGAACACAGACAAGUAUUCGAAUGCAGCUGAGGCUUUCAACAGGCUGGAUGGCUUGGCAAUUAGUAAGCAAGCUUCCUUUUCCUAUUUUGAUUCUUCAAGCCUGAUGCCUAAAUCCAUGGAUUACUGGACCUACAGUGGCCCUCUGACUCAUCCUCCUCUCUAUGAGAGUGUCAUCUGGAUUACCCUUAAGGAGCAAAUUACUAUUAGCUCAGAGCAGGUAGGGUAUUAUAAGGAGUAA